AUGGAGUUCCCGGGGCACGGCGCGCGGCUGCUGGGCCGCCUGAGGCAGCAGCGCGAGCGGGGCUUCCUGUGCGACUGCACCGUGCUGGUGGGCGACGCGCGCUUCCCCGCGCACCGCGCCGUGCUGGCCGCGUGCAGCGUCUACUUCCACCUCUUCUACCGCGACCGGCCCGCGGGCGGCCGCGACACGGUGCGGCUGGACGGCGCCAUCGUCACGGCGCCCGCCUUCGGCCGCCUGCUGGACUUCAUGUACGAGGGCCGCCUGGACCUGCGCUGCCUGCCCGUCCAGGACGUGCUGGCCGCCGCCAGCUACCUGCACAUGCACGACGUCGUCUCGGUAUGCAGAGGCCGGCUGCGGGACAGGGAGAGGGAGCCGGGCCCAGGCGCGGAGCCGGCCCGCCGACCACCACGCCCUCAGCCCACCUGGACCGCCAACCUCUGCCCGGUCGCCCAGAAGGCUGCGCUGCCGCCGCGGCUUAGGCUCGAGUCCCCCCUCCCUCCGCCAGCAUCCGGGCCGCCUCCCUGGCCGGCCGAUGGGGCGCUGGACCUGUCGCUGAAGGCCGCCCACUCGCCGCGGGCCCUGCAGAGGGACUUCUGCAGCCGGAGGCAGCCGGGGGCCCAGCCAGGACCGGUGAAGGACCAGCACACCUCGAGGCCAGAACAGGACAGGAGCAGCCCCGGGAAGCCCCCCAGCCCCCCGCGGCCACCUGGUCCUGCAGCCCAGGGGCCGCCCGCCGCUGGUGGCACUGACAGUCAGGAGCUGGAGCCGGCGCCCAGCGGGCACCUGUGCCUCUGCCCGCUGUGCAGCAAGCUGCUCCCGGGCGCCCAGGUGCUGCAGCUGCACCUCAGCGCUCACUUCCAGGAGCGGCAGGGCGCCCGCGCCCGGCUCUCGCCCGACGGCGCGGCGCCCACGUGCCCGCUGUGCAGCAAGACCUUCUCCUGUGCCUACACGCUGAAGCGGCACGAGCGGACGCACUCGGGCGAGAAGCCCUACACGUGUGUGCAGUGCGGCAAGAGCUUCCAGUACUCGCACAACCUGAGCCGGCACGCCGUGGUGCACACGCGGGAGAAGCCGCACGCCUGCCGCUGGUGCCAGCGCCGCUUCACGCAGUCAGGGGACCUGUACCGCCACGUGCGCAAGUUCCACCACGGCCUGCUCAAGUCCCUGCUGGCGUGA